CUCUCUCUCUCUCUCUCUGUACAGUUCGCUUCAAUUCUCAAAAGCUCGAGCAGACGAGAUGAGACACAUCUCAAGUUUGUGCGUGAAUUUAUUUCCAUCUCGACCGUCCAUCUUCUCCAGAUCAAAUCUCGAGAGAGUUCGACGGCGCUAGAUUCACGCACAAACUCCUGAUGCGUCUUCUCUGUACCACCUCCUUGUUCCGGGAACGACAUGAUUGUUUUUUAUUCAUCUUCUUUGAAUUGUCCUAUUUAAAAAUUUGGCGCCAUCUUCAUGUUUUAAUUUUCGUCUUCGUUUUUCGCCCCCUCGAUGUUUUCAAGUACAGGAGAUUUGAGAAGAAGGUCUUGGGAAAUUCUGGAUCGGAUCGGGUCAGAUGGCGACAUGAUCGUCGUUCCCGAUCGAUGGUCACGUGAAGUUGGUCGCGGCGACCGAGGUGGAGCUCCUGAAGAGAGCGCGACGCCACGAGAAGGCGGCGACGGAGAUUCUUCAGUUCCACUGCGAUUUGGUUCAGGCGAUCAGAGAGCUGAUCCAGCAGAUAGUAUUGCGCUGAUCGAAAUCUAUACUAUCGAAACCGUCAUACCGGUGUCUCGCCCCAACUCUAAAACAUUUCAGGGAAUCCAGGUAGAGGAGCGGAUAGAGCUCCGCGGCGUUAGUGGUCGCUCGAUCUACCAUGCUAGAAGGGUAAGUCGUCAUGCUAGGGUCAGAUGGGUUUUUGGGUAGUAUCCCUAGGGAACUUUAUGAUCAUUUUGGGAUGUAUAUUUAUAUGAUGGGUUUGUAAAACUCUGGUAUUGUAUUUGGACGGUUGGUUUGUUUUGUAUAUGAUGUAUGUUUU